AUAAGGACAUAAUCAACACCUUUGCUAAACUGAUGAGCUGAUGCAGUAGCUACUUGGUGUAGCUCUGGACUUACGUGCAGGUCAGUAGGGUUGAUUUUUGCAGAGCCAAAUGGCUCCAGCCUUUUGUGUCUGUGGUGUCUCCAUGGGCACAGUGAGCCAAGCUCGGAGCCUCAGAAUUCCCAGUCUGUGCGUGGCUUUCUCUGUGCCAGGCACUGAGUACAAGCUGGCAGGGAGGCAGUCAGUCCUGAGACAACACGUCCAUCAUCUUUGAAAAACAGUAUUUGUGCACUAACGUUGCUUUUUGUAGAAGGGAAGCCAACAGCUAUUAAGCAUCUAAGUUUAGCUUGGUUGUCCACUCAUCACAGAUUGGAGGAGGAGAAUCUUGGCUGAUUCUUGACUGCUUUUCAACUUUGGGAAGGUGAAAAAUUCGUGGAAAGAAUGAAAGUGGAGCGUGAAAGCCUGCAGAAAAAAGUUAGUGCAGUCACACUAUUACCAAACUGUGCAUUCUUACACAGACACAGGAAUCAAUGCUACAGAGCAUUUCUAGAUGCUGGAAUAAAUAUCUGGUGUCUACAGAGAACACGUGCUGUGUCUGGAGAUCCACUCCCUAGUGCACUCUGCUCUUUCAUUUGGGGUGUCUUUGAAGUGAAUUCAUAUAUUGAUGUUUGUCCAGUCAGCACCUGAAGGACUUUCAUUUUUUAAUUUUAUCUUCAGGGUAGGUGAAAAUAAAGACCACCAUGUGUAUAUAUGAGGUGCUUACAGAUGAGAUUUUUUUGCAAAUGAAGAACAAACCUACAAAGAAUAUAAAAUCAGGAGCCAACUGUACGGCUCCAUGGAUGGCCAGAAAUAUUUUGGCUGGCUGAAAACCAGGUUCUUGGUCACUGUUUGUCCUCUGUUCAGCCAAAUCAGAAGUGUCCACGUACUGAAGCGUGUUGCUUUUUAAUGCACUGAGAAUUACCAAGAAACUGAAGAUUUUCUUUAUUCCUGCCUGGAGCUACCAGGAAGCUGUGUCAGUGUCUGUCAGUUCACUUGGUAGGGACUUGUGUUGGCUUGUUGGUCGGCUGCAGGCACCCGGGUAAUUGAAGUGGCAGUGAUGUGUAACACCCUACAGUCCUUUGGUCUAUUGAGCAAGGAGGAGACGCCCUCACCUACUGACAUCAUUGUGGUAGCUAGUGCAGGCUGGAGCCCAUCCUGCAAAACAAACCUGCAAACAACUGGCAAAAAACCUGCUCAGGAGGAGGGAUAAGGACAUUGGUGGGGGGCCUGUUCUCUGUGCUGUGCCACAUGAGUUACAGAACCCAGCCUGGCUUGUUUAAAAACAAGGUCUGGUAGGAACAGCCAUCAUGGCAGCUCCUGGAGCUCAAGGAGAAAGCUGAGAAUUUUUAGCAGGCAGAGGUGUUUUCUUCCUGCACCUCUCUGAACUCACCAGAACCUGGAUACAGUUCGGUGGAAAUGGUGGAUGGGGGAUGUGCCGCAUGGUGUUGGUGUGCCUCAGGACCUCAGAGAUCCCAGAAUAAGGUUCUUGGUUUGAAUGCAUUCCCUUGGCUAUCAGACACAACCAUCUCUGGUUCCCAGAGACCCCUCUCCUCAGCUCAGUGAUAAAAGCACUUUUUAACACCAAAGCUGCUGUGUUCCCACGCCUGUUGCUGUCAUGAGGGAGGCCGGUCUUGAACAAUAGCAGAGGAGUAAAGAAUGGCCUCGCUAAUCGAUAUCCUGCCUAGACGCUGAGUCAGGUGGCAGCUCGGGCUUCUUUAAAAUUCCUACAUUGUUCCUGAUUUCUCAUUUGACUAGGGCAAAUUUUUAUCUUUAAGGAAAGAAAACACAUGGGACCAAGUGUCUCUGCCUGCUCCACCGUUCCUUCCCACACCACCCCCACUCAGUUUUGCUGUCUUUGUCCGGUGGUGGCCUCCAGCAGUGAGGGAUAUGGAUACGAUUUGCUAGUUUGGACUUGGAGCUGAGUGUGAUUGUGCUAUGGUCAGCACAAGGUGGCUGUGGUCUGAGCAGGGCACCCUAAAUCACACACAUCUGCAAGGCUUUAGAGAAUGCACGCUUUCACACCCACAUUUCCAUGUGGGCUCAUAUUUAUGAGAUUGGUCUUAAACUGGUCAGAAGACAAGACAGAGAUGCAGGCACAGGUUUCCAGAAAAUUUCUCCAUAGAUGAAUGUUUGGAGCCCUGUCAGGAUGCUAAGACAGUCUGUGUGUGAACAGACAUUUGGAAAGUUGACAGAAGUGAUCUUUGCUUAAACAAACUGCAAGAUCCAGUGGCUCAAACUCUUGAACCCACCUCAGCUGCACUAAAAACUUUUUCCAGAAGGAGAAGGGGGCCGGCGAAGCUUUUUGAAAUCGCUGAAUCUCUCAGGGAUUUUCAGGAUCCUCUUUGGGGGUUUCAUCCUGCUCCUGUCAUCCCAGAGCAUCACCCCAGGGCUCCUCUCGCCAGCCUGGACUGGGACAGGGGGAACUGUGGCUCUGCUCCUUCACCUGCACCAAAGGCUGCAGAGGAGAAAGCUCAGAGACCUUCAGGGUUUUCCUCAGGGCUGGGGGGUCCCUAGGACAUCUUUGUGGCUCUUUGGCCCUGCUUGCUUCCUGCUGAAAGGCCUCAGCAGAGGGGGAGAGCGUGGUCCUGGCUGUGCCGCUGGGCAGGAACUGUUAGAGCUGCAAAGGGAACUGGUAAGGGUUACAUUUGCGCGUGUAGAUAUGAGAUAAGAGCUGACCUACCCUUCACCCCAAACUGAACUCUCUGAAGCUCAAACAAGGUAAGCAAGUGCUUGUGAAAAUGCUGGGGGAAGCCUGCCAGACUGGUGAACUUGCUGCUCCUGUCUGGGGCUGGGAGCAGACCUUCAGUCACUAUCCAUGGGGUCCGUGAGGAGCUUGCUAGGGUCUCGCCUAAAAUGCCUGAAGACUGAUGGCACAGAGGAAUCAGGAGCUAAGGAUGCCUGUCAGGAGCCAGAGAGAGGGGUGUGGGUGGAGGGAGAAGUAGAAAUUACAGACAAUGGAGAAAUAAUUUCAAAUUAAGCUGAAAUAGCAUCUACAAGAUAUUUGAGCAAGGCCUUUCCUGCAUGUAGUCCCUGAUUGUUGCUUACAGAUAUCCUUACAGCAAUUCACAUUACAGAUACAGUCACAGCCUCUUCCCCUGUGCAAAUAUAAACAGGUCAGCAUCCACAUGUAAGUGUGUGACAGAGUUCCCAUAUAGGAAAUGUGUUUCUUCUGGGAAAGAAACAUCUCCCUUUAGUGAUAUCCCUGAGUGUUUAAGUCUCCUGUGAGCCUUGGAUGUGUUUUUCACAGCACGGGAAGUGGUGCUUGCCAACACAAGCAUGGUAUGGCAUGGGGAGGGCUGGUCUGGCCCAGCACCAAGCUCUCACCCCUAAACCCUACGUGCCUGCUGUCCCCAGAGUGAGCAGGGGGAUCUGCCUGUGCUGCUGCUGCCUGUGAGGUGCAUUGGUGAGAUGUGUUUUUGUAUUGGAUCUCAGGGAGUAGGGAGAGGCUCUUUUUGCCCAUGGUGUCUUUAUGAAAACUAGGAAACAGAAAGCAUGGGUAUCUCAGGAGGUUUUUUCCAGCAAGCACACACCAAGAAAAAGUGACUCUCUCUUCUCUCUAUGAAUGUAAAUUCAGGGUGCCAGAGGAUCACACAGUUGGGCUGGUUAAACACUCAGUGCAGCUCAGCCUUGCUCAGGUGGGGACUCCCUGGAGGUGAACUGAACAUUUCAGACCUGGGUGUGUGUGCUGAGGCUGCUCAUCAGGGCUUCAUUGGCACCAGCUGGGAAAGGGAGCAGCUAAGCCAAGCACACCUGGUUCAUGGUAAUAUAAGGGAGUCCUUUAGCUCAUUGCAGAGGUUGUGGGUGUUUGCUGUGGGUCAGAGCCUGGUGGCAGUGCUGUGGUGAGUUGGUUGCUCUCUAGAGCAGUGUUGCUUGAGCUACUGGGCCUCAGCUGUGGUAGCCCAGGCAGUGGGGGCAUCCUUGGUACAUGUGUGGGUCCAAAUUCCCAAAUUUCAGGUUGUUUUGAAACACUCUGAUCAGUCUGUGGCCAGUUAGGCUGUCUCUGCUGUUGCCAUAUGGAGUUAAUGGUCAUCAUGGCAAGGAUGGAUGCAGGAUGUUUUUGCUCUAACAACAUUUAUUGCCCUGUGAUACGGUUAAGCCUCCUCUUCUUGUGUGGGACUCAGCUCAGGGGCUGCACAACAGAAAUAAAUUUCUUAUGCUCUUCUUCACCUUCCCCUGAAAAUCUGGUGGAAAAAGACUUAAGUCCUAAUCAAGCUGUUAGUCACAUCAGGUUUCCCAGGCCUUGGGGCUUGCCUAAGCAGGGGGCUAAUCUCUGUGGGGUGUAUGCCAGGCAUGCUGCUGGGGGCUCUGCUCCAGGCAUGUGUGAGUGCUUGCCUGGGAAAGCAAGUCACUCCAGGCAGCAGAUCUUCCCUCUCGGGGAGGGAAUGGUGGGCAGGCAUGAAGCAACCAGGGUACAGGUCCAUCAGCGUGUUUGAGCAAUGAAAAAUCUCUUAAAUGCUCACUAAGGAACCUGUGGGCGUUUUGUAAGAAAAAAUUUGUUCCCUGCAGGGCUGGUGCUGUGACAGCUUCCAGUGGAGAUGAGAUGGAUGGAUGGAUGGACAGGAGGCUGUGUACCGAGAGGAGAGGGUGAAAGGUGCCUCCUUCCAAGGCAGCAGCUGGUGAGAAGGAGCCUGGGCUGCUCAGUGUCACCACACACGAGGCCCGUGGGGAAGCGUGAGCCCGGCUUCAGUCCUUGUCAGUGGCACCUCGUUGACUUUUAGCGCUUCCUUAUCGCGUCUGCGCUCACCUCGCGCGGCGCUGAUAAAAUGCCAUGGCCGGGGCGAUCUGCUGAGCAGCCCUGCAGAAACCUUGCAGAGCAUGGGAGCCUGAACUGCCAGCGACCAGCCCGGGGCUCCAGGGCAGAGCAAGGUGAGCAACUUGCAGGAAUACACAUGGGAGAGUUCUCUUGAUGGGUUUGAACUAAGGGGCCCUGAGUAUAAAACCCUGAGCAUCUACUGAUCAGCUCUUUUGAAAUCCAGUUUGAAAAACAUCAUCUCUGCCUCCAGUUGUGCUUUGGACCUUGGGACUCUGCAAAUCAGCCUAAAAGCUGUUUGGGAAGACAACUGCUGAGAUGAGGCUCUGAGCUCACAUGGACACAAAUGCCCAGAAACACUGAGGAGUGGCCUGAAACUGUCGGUUUGAAGACAGUAAGAAAUGGGUGACUGGAGUUUCUUGGGGAACAUUUUAGAGCAGGUGAACGAGCAAUCCACUGUCAUCGGGAGAGUUUGGCUCACAGUGCUCUUCAUUUUCCGCAUCCUGAUCCUGGGCACGGCUGCCGAGCUAGUGUGGGGAGACGAGCAGUCAGACUUUGUGUGCAACACCCAGCAACCUGGUUGUGAGAACGUCUGCUACGAUGAGGCCUUCCCCAUCUCCCACAUCCGGCUCUGGGUCCUGCAGAUCAUUUUCGUAUCCACGCCCUCGCUAAUGUACUUCGGGCAUGCUGUGCACCACGUCCGCAUGGAGGAGAAGAGGAAAGAGAGGGAGGAAGCUGAGAGGCGCCAGCAAGCUGAGGUUGAUGAAGAGAAGCUGCCCCUGGCUCCAAAUCAAAACAAAGGCAACAACCCUGAUGGAACCAAGAAGUUUCGCCUGGAAGGUACUCUCCUGAGAACGUACAUCUUCCACAUCAUUUUCAAAACCCUCUUUGAGGUGGGAUUCAUAGUAGGUCAGUACUUCCUGUAUGGCUUCCGAAUUCUCCCUCUUUACCGCUGUGGGCGGUGGCCCUGUCCCAAUCUUGUGGACUGUUUUGUCUCCAGGCCCACAGAGAAGACCAUCUUCAUUAUGUUCAUGCUGGUGGUGGCUUCUGUAUCCCUCUUCCUCAACCUGGUGGAGAUCAGUCAUUUGAUCUUGAAAAGAAUCCGGAGGGCUCUGAGAAGACCAGCAGAGGAGCAGCUUGGAGAGGUCCCAGAGAAGCCCCUCCAUGCCAUCACAGUCCCCUCCAUCCCGAAGGCCAAAGGCUACGAGCUGCUGGAAGAAGAGAAGCCGGUGUCCCAUUAUUUCCCUCUCACGGAAGUAGGGGUUGAGCCCAGCCCCCUUCCAUCAGCCUACAAUGAGUUUGAGGAGAAGAUUGGGAUGGGACCAUUGGAAGAUCUCUCCAGGGCAUUUGAUGAGAGGUUACCAUCGUAUGCACAAGCAAAGGAACCGGAAGAGGAGAAGGUACGAGCAGAGGAGGAGGAACAAGAGGAGGAGAAGCCAGGGCCUCAGGAAGAACCAGGGGUGAAGAAAGCAGAAGAGGAGAUGGGGAGAGAUGAAGUGGAAGGGCCUUCAGCACCUGCUGAACUUGCCACUGAUAUGAGACCCCUGAGCAGGCUAAGCAAAGCCAGCAGCCGGGCCAGGACUGCAGCAGCAACUCUUGGCUGGGACAGUGCAGCAAAUGCAUUCAAAAGCUUCAGGUUAACAGCGAUUUCCCCCCAAAACUGAGCCUCAUGCCAAAAAAGUGCAGGUAUGCACUCUGCUCUGCUCUGCUCUGCAAACCUCAGACCCUGCCGUCUCAGCAAAUUCUUUCUGCUGGGCUGCAGCCCAUCCCAUUGUUCCCAGGGCAGGCUCUAAUCCAGGUCAGGGAAAAAAAGGUCUUUGGCACAAUGCAUAAAAUUCAUCCCGCCAUUAGCUAGAAAAGACCCCCUGUGGCCUCCCAUUGUGGCAGGUCUGACUCAAAGCCCAGGGAAGGCAAAUGGGUGUCUGUGAGAGCUCUGGGUGGGCUUGGGCCCUGUCCCAGCUCCAGUACAGUCAGUCCUGUCGCUCCUGAUCCCACUCCUUUGGUGGAGUUCCCUGCCUGGCCAUGCAGCCGCGAAGGUGGCUGGACUUCACUGCCGAGUGAUGUUAAGCUGUACAUAUGUAGAAAGUCUGUAGGGUGCAUUGGGAUUCUUCAGCACCACAGAGGUGCAAUGUAUUUGUUUUUGGUUUUUUACACUAUUCAUCCUUUUGCUCCUCUUGGGCCUGUGUAUUUUCCCAAAGUUUGCAGCCUGAGGUCAAAAUCUUUGUUCCUUAGACAAAGGCUGUUAGGGUGUCCUUCCUUGUGAAGGAAGACUGAAGGUCCCUCCUCAGUUUUGGGAAGGAAUAUGAUAAAGCAACACAUGCAGAGAGAGAGUCUGGAGGCUACCAUUUAUCCACUCUCUUAACACAGAAACAGGAGAACAGUUAUCACAACUGAGGAAAGAGAAUGUUUUUCAGCAGGAAGAGUCCGCUGUGCCCAGUUCAAGAUACUAGAACUAAAGAAAGGGCUAAGAUUUAGAUGAACAACACAAUCACCACACUUAUACUAGAUGGGAUCUAUUUUCUUUUCUCCACAGAAAGAGAUAAGAGAGUUUGAAUGAUUCUAAGCAUCAACCAGCCCAGUUGUUGAAGGGGGUUGGAAUCAUACUCUCCUGCAGGUAAAAACCCCAACCUUGUAACAGGAUGAGGUAUCUGCAUCAGAGCCUCUCACCCUUCCAGAUAGCAAGGUACUGGACUGGUUGAAUCACACCCACCCCUGUUGACUUCUAAUUACUCGACAAUUCCACUCCUUAAUCCUGACAUUCAUACACUCAUUAGACUACAGGACUACUUAAAGAUGAGUGCUUGUUCAUUAGGAGUACAUGGUUCACAACAUGGCUGUCAGGCGGGGCAGUCUUUAAUCACCAUAUGUUAAUUAAGUCCUUUUCCACUAGAGAGCCUCAGUAAAAUGCACCAUGUGCAGUAUACUCCAUGGACACUGUAGUUCUCUCACAGCUGCCACAAGAAUGCUCCUUUCUUCCUCUGGGUCCCAACAGCACAAGGAGAAGCUGGCAUUUUGCUCCUGCAUCCACUCAACUGCUGCUUGAUUUUUUUUUUUUUCUUUAAAGCCAGUUUUCAAGUACUCUGCUUGGCCAGCAGUGAAUCUGUAGCCACCAAGCACGGGCCACGGCAUCAGGACAGUGCUGCUCAGCAAACGGGGCUGGGAACAGUCCGGUCUUCUGGCACUCAGCCUCAUCUCUGCAAGGAAAUUGCUGUGGGACUUGCCACCGAGUCAUUCUUCCUGCUGGUGCAAUUGGGAAUCAUUUUCUACCUUACAAUGAUGAUGUGAGUCCUGACUUGUGCUAGUAAUGGAAAGGGAGGUCCUUGGAUGGAAGGCCCUACGGAUGAGCAAAGGAUUAUUGCUAUUUCUGGAUGUGAUAGCACUUAAAUGUGUUGUAUUCCCUCUCAAUGAGACAAACUUAAUUGUUCAUUCAAGAAAUUCCUAGUGAAGUUGCAUAACAGCCUCAGAGCUGUGGAUUCUACUCAAAAAAUAAUUUAGCAAAACACAGAGAUCUAUAUGAAGAAUGGGGAAAAUUAUUUCCUUGGGAAGGGGGAAAUCACUGGACAAUUAGAGCCAUACCUGGAUCAUUUAAAGGUGUGUUUGCCCCUGUGGCUCCCUGUGCAAAUAAAUUACUAACUGAUCACAUGGCUCUCUGCAAGGAGCAUAAGAUGCAAGUGUCAAAAUCACCAAAGGAGGUGAAAGUAGGAGAGCUAGGUAGUCUCUUAGCUUACAAUAGCAUGUGGGGGUUGGUGUUCUCUAGUGUCUAGAGCAGUGGACCUAGGAUAAUAAUCUUAGAUUUAUUUCCAGCUCUGCUUCUGACUUGCUGUGAUAAUCACUUUACCUCUCAGUGCCUGUUUUCUCCACCUGUAAAAUGGGUGUAAGAAUUUCCACCUACCUCACAGGGAUGUUGUGAGGCUUCCUUAAUUCUGUUUGUAAAGUAAGUAGGAAUGAUCUGAUGAAAAGCACUGCUGAAAUGCA